AUGGGGAUAUCCAUCAUGAGGUUAAUUGCACAGCCAAUCUUUGAAGCCACGUGGAAAGGAAUCAGCAUCAUCAUCCCCCCCAAGAUCAUUCACCACCGACGCCACUUAAUCAUUGAUCCUCUUGGUAUAAUCACUGCCCCGAUUAGUUCAGCCCCUCUGUUCUUCAACCUUCUUCAGCCUGCUUGCGGCUUGAACUACUGCAGGCAAUCACAAGGAUUCGAUAGGAAGUCUCAAAAUCACUGGCAUAUGAUGUGUGCCUGGCUGGAGCCACCUCACCUCCUCACGUGCAAGGCUGAAGGAAGGCUGAAAGAGCGCCAAGUCAAGCCAUUGGCUCACAACUCGCAGUUGCGCGAUUCUCAGAUCAAGGUGAGAAAUAGCCAUUCACGUCCCCUUCUGUUACUCAUCGAGUUACGGUGCCUCUCUUCGUCACCUUCAUUUUCUCAGCAGCGACUCUCGGCUCCCAUCCUCAAGGUACACUCGAAUCCAAAUCCCGAGUUCUUCUCCUCUCGCGACCCACAAUAUCAUCACCUUCGCCUAAGGAACUCGUCUGAUUACCUCGACCGGAGCACGAUGGAUGGCGAGGCCAAGAUUCCAAAUCUCUCUCUCCCUCAAUGCCCCGAUACCUUUUCUCUGCCACCGUUUUCACUUCCCGUUUACCGUUCCUGGAUUCUUUGCUCCAUUCAUUCUCUACCCCCCCUGGCUUCGAAGAAAACUUCAGUUAAACAGUUGACGGAGGCAACGCCACGCGAUACCCCGAGGCUUAAAUUUGAGAAGGCAGUUAGCACCAAAUUGCCUUCCUCUUGGGAGCAACGCCAUGCCCGGGAGAAAAUGGACCAACUAAUCCAGCAUCCUUUAUGGAAUGUUAAUAUUAUUCGCCGUAAUAGGCUAGAUCUCUCUUACUUCAUUGGUCAUAACGGAGAGGUUGUUAUUCUUCAAGUCUGGAAACUCCUGGUCAGCCCGGACUGGGCCAUUACCAUGUGCAUGUGGCCCACAUCCGGUACCCCAUAUUCGACCAAGCAAGGCUUUCUGCAUAUACAUGUCAGUGGCCCUCACAGUCGCUCCGACCUGGUCAUUCCUAAUGGAGAGAUUACCAUUCCACAUGUCUUAGAACUUCUAGUCUGGGAUGUGUGCUCAAUGCUAGGAAUUCCGCAUCCAUUGACGUUAAAACGUCCAUUUCCGCGCCCACUUCUAUCCUCAAUGGGCUUUUCUUCGCCUCCGCCUUUAAAAGGUUCUCGGCAGCGCAAGCGCAAGCCGCUCUUCAAGCGUAAAAAGCGCGGAGAAAUCUCACGGUUCCUCAAAUGGGCCGGCAACAUCUCGCGCUCAUCAAGUAUGAGAUUUACCAAAUCCGACACUUCCUUAAUCCCUCAUAUUUCUAGUAUCUUCAGCCUUUUCCAGACUUCUGGACGGUCUUAUCUCGCGGAAAGACCCUAUAAAUACUCAUCAGCACUGUCGACCUACGAUCUGAUAAAGUUGGAGAGUAGUUCAAACUUCGAUGAAGUUCCCAACUCACGAAUGCUAGACAACAAGGUCGGAGACUCAAGCCCACUCAUUUACUACGCAACGAAUAGUCAUAGUGCUUCCGGCAGUUUGGCUCCAAAAUACGACGAUGAAGAAUCAUCCGAGGAGGAAUCUCUUUCGCGGCUCUCUUCUAUAAGCAGCUUCCCGAGUGGGGACGAUUCGAGCCAAUCUUCCAUCAGUCAAAACUCCCGUAGAGAAUACCCCUCUUCCCACAGCUCAUCAAACUUCUCUUUCUCAAGCCAAGACUCCUCUAGCUUGGUUUCUUCAGAUGCCGGAGAGGAGUCAUCCGGUGAAUUCCUCGCGGACUCUUUGUCAUCGUCGAAGUCCAGGUUCAUUGACAAGUUAAUGAAGGAAUUCCAUGUCAUUCUCUACUCUUCGCCAGACUUGCGCACUUGCACUGGAACACAAAGUGGUUCGAAUGACAGCGCAACUGCAGCAAUUCCGCAAAGUACACUUCAACCGAACGAAAGCGGCGCGGGGAAAGGUUCAUCGACAGAACACAGGAAAGGUUGGCAGAAGGAUGAAGAUGGCGGUGACCAGGACGAUGGAGAUUCCCAGAGGCGCCGGAAUAAGACAAACAAUGUCCCAGAUGCUGAGCCAGCACCUAUUGUCCGUUUCGCUUGCCCCUUCUUUAAACAUAGCCCUCGGUUCAAAGGCGUUCACCGAAUGAAGGAACAUCUUUACAGGUGCCAUGUCUCGAUCUACUGCAGAAGGUGCCAUAAAAUCUUUCAAACCGAAGAUGAAUUAGAAAACCAUCAGAGGCUUCCCCAGCCGUGUAUGGUCAGCUCGAAUUCAUCUCCCCAGGGGCUCAGUGUAACCCAAAUAGCCCGCCUCAAGAGCAAAAAAAGGUUUGGCUCAGAGAAAACCGAAGAAGAGAGAUGGAGAGCAGUGUAUCACUUUUUGUUCCCAAGCGUGCCCGUGAUGUCGGUUUCUCCUUAUUGCGAUGACCUCGUCGAGCCGCUGGAAGGAAGCGAGCUCGAUGACUUCGAAAUUUUCUCAAGACGUGAGUUUCCCCGUAGGGUACGGCAAAGGCUUGAAUCGCUCUGUGAGAGAUUGGAGAUCGAAGAGGCUCUGAGGGAAGAGUUGGCCCAAAUCGCGAGUCAAUGUCGCGAAGAGAUCUUUUCGGAGUUCCAACAGCAACAAAAUGAGCUUCCAGCGCCGCCUGUGGGACGAGCUCGGUAUAGAUGUCGCCCCGCCGGACCAAAGAUGAACCUCCAACCUUUAGAUGAUGGAGACGCGGAUUCUCACCUCCGACCAUGUAAGCGCCGCUCUGAGACGCUGGACUGUUCAAUAAUCCAGGCUCCCCAAAAUAUGUGCGUAGAUGAGCUUCCUAACGGACCACCACUUGGAUAUUCCGCAGCAUCAUUCCCGAUCCCAUCCCCAACUUUCAAUAUGCGCUAUCCGGCAGGCCGCCAAACCCAACGUCCCCACCGAGCCACCCUUUUCUCAGAUCUUUCCCAUUUAUCGGCAAUCUCGUCUUCGAGAACAGUGGAAAACCGAAACAGCAAUUUGCCACUGGACGAACUGCUAAACCUUCUACCAACAACCGAUUCGUUCACAUGGGAGAAUCAAGAGCUGGCACCUCUUAAUGACCCUACUUUCAGAUUUAACGACACCAUUGAUCAGCCAAAUAUGAGUCCCUCUGACACCUCCGACGUGAGACUCGGGUUUAGUUCGGGCCCCAUGGAUCCCAAUCCUGAAAUGCUCACGGAAUCCGAUUACAUAAUGCAGGGUGAAGACGCUUUGGGGAGACCCAUAAUACAUGUUGAGUUGAUGCUGGCUUCUUAUCGCGAUCGAAUCGUCUAUACUCCAUGCCGGAUUUACGUAAUAAACCUUUUUUUGAAUGGAAUGUUAAGGCUUCCUCCUUUCCCUGUAAUAUCACAUUGGAGAAUAUUUUCAAUUUUCUUCAUACACCUGGCGGCUGAUCUCCUGCUGUGCCUUCAUAGUUUAUCGAAUGAAUAUUCCCUCAUCCCCCUAACGCAAGAAAUAAUUAUAUCCUCUGAGAAGCUCGGUUUACUUGUUGAUAUCCACGUCUGGAAUGGUUUCGUGGUUGUUAGGCAACGCAAAGACGAACUCACACGGUCCACCCGACUUACCCCUGAUUCGAACCCUGGCUUAAAAAAUGGCGAAUUCAGAUAA